CUGUGCUAAAUAUUUUCUAUCUCUUUCUUCAUUCUUUGAGGAUCAUUUUGCAGUUCUUAGAUAUCUGGAAACUGAAAGAAAUAUUUUUACGUUAAGAUGAGGCAGGCCAGCAUCCUGUAUUUUUGUGUUGGAAUAUUGGCUUUGCUGAGUGAUACAUGGGUGCAAGCAGAAGAUCCCUAUAGAUAUUACACAUGGACAGUAACAUAUGGAACACGCACUGUUCUUGAUAGACCUCAGACGGUUAUUCUUAUCAAUGGACGAUUUCCUGGCCCAAAUAUUGAAUGUGUGACUAACGACAACAUAAUUGUAAAUGUUAUUAAUAAGUUGAAUGAACCUUUCCUCAUAACAUGGAAUGGAAUCAAGCAAAGAAGGACUUCGUGGCAAGAUGGAGUGCUAGGGACCAAUUGUCCAAUCCCUCCAGGCUCCAACUGGACCUACAAAUUCCAAACAAAAGAUCAGAUUGGAACUUAUAUCUACUUCCCUUCAACUGCAAUGCAUAAAGCCGGUGGCGGAUUCGGAGGUUUCAAUAUUGCUUCACGGUCUGUGAUAUCAAUUCCAUACCCUAUUCCUGUUGCAGAAUUUACCCUUCUCAUUAGUGAUUGGUACAGGGCAGGACAUCAGGCAUUGAAGCAAAACUUGGACCGGGGCAAAGCUCUUCCUGUUCCUGAUGCUCUUCUUAUCAAUGGGCUUUCUAAAGGUGCAAGCUUCACUGGUGAAAAAGGGAAAACUUACAGGUUCAGGAUUUCAAAUGUGGGAAUUUCAACUUCAAUCAACUUCAGAAUUCAGGGCCACACACUGACUCUUGUUGAAGUUGAAGGAUCUCAUACUAUGCAAGAGGUGUACAACUCGCUUGAUGUUCACGUUGGUCAAUCAGUAACAGUUUUGGUUAAAUUCAAUAGUGCAGUCAAGGACUAUUACAUAGUUGCCUCUUCUCGUUUCACUAAACCUAUUCUCACUACAACUGCCCUUCUUCGCUAUGCGGGCUCCAACACCCCACCUUCUCUGCCAUUGCCUAUUGGCCCAACUUAUCAUGUUCACUGGUCUAUGAAGCAAGCCAGGACCAUCAGGUUGAAUUUGACAGCAAAUGCAGCCAGGCCAAAUCCUCAAGGGUCAUUCCAUUAUGGGACUAUAAAAGUUGUGAAGACGCUUGUUUUAGCCAAUACAGCAGAGAAGAUAAAUGGCAAGCUGCGUUAUGCUGUUAACGGGAUAUCUUAUGUCGAUCCUUCCACCCCAUUGAAACUUGCUGACUGGUAUAACAUCCCCGGUGUCUUUUCCUUGAAUUCGAUGAAGACUACACCUGUCAAUACCCCUGCAGUUCUCGGAACUUCCGUGGUUGGAACUGAACUUCAUGACUUUGUGGAAAUUGUCUUCCAAAACAACGAGAACACGAUACAGUCCUGGCAUCUAUCCGGAACUAGUUUCUACGUUGUUGCAUAUGGCGAUAAUGUGUGGAACCCCAGCAUGAGGAAACGCUACAAUCUGCUUGAUGCUGUCUCUAGAUACACUGUUCAGGUAUAUCCCACUGCUUGGACCGCAAUAUAUGUGUCAUUGGACAACAAGGGCAUGUGGAACUUGAGGUCAGCAAUCUGGGCGCGGCGAUAUCUAGGCCAACAAUUGUACGUCAGGGUUUGGAACGACGAACGCAGCCUAUACACAGAGACUGAUCCCCCUCCAAAUACAUUGUUCUGUGGCUUGGCUAAACGACCAUAGAAAUGUUUCGCUUUUGUUUAGUUAAUUUCUUCAGUUCUUUAAAAAAAAAUCUUAAACUUCUUGAAUCAGUUACGAGGGGGUGACUGGAGGUAAAUGGGAAAACAAGCUUUAGAAAGAGGGCGAAAGUAGAAAAUUUUCUUUGUUUUAGUGUGAGAUCGAUCCUUUCCUGAUUAUAUUGUGUACUAAUAAACUAUUUUCCCACCUUUCAUUGAUUUA